GCGGCGUUAGCGAUUCAUACAAUCUGGGCACGUACGUGUCAGUCUUUUUGCUGUUCAACACCGAAAACUAAGUUGGCUACUAGUUGAAGUCCCGAGCCAUGGCACCCAAAGGCACCAACAAACAGCAGUCCGAGGAGGAUCUUCUGCUUCAAGAUUUUAGCAGAAAUCUAUCCGCUAAAUCGACAGCUCUUUUCUACGGCAAUGCCCUGAUCGUCUCCGCAAUUCCUAUUUGGUUGUUUUGGAGGAUUUGGCACAUGGACCUAGUGCAGUCUGCUGUUCUUUACGGCGUUAUGACCCUUGUCAGCACAUACUUGGUGGCCUUCGCUUACAAGAACGUGAAAUUUGUUCUCAAGCACAAGGUUGCCCAGAAGCGGGAGGACGCUGUGUCCAAGGAGGUGACUCGCAAGCUGUCUGAGGCUGACAACAGGAAGAUGUCCCGCAAAGAGAAGGAUGAGAGGAUCUUGUGGAAGAAGAAUGAGGUUGCAGAUUAUGAGGCCACCACCUUCUCCAUCUUCUACAACAACACCCUCUUCCUGGUCCUGGUCAUCGUAGCCUCCUUCUUUCUGCUCAAGAACUUCAAUCCCACUGUUAAUUACAUUCUGUCCAUCAGUGCCUCCUCUGGUCUCAUUGCCCUGCUGUCUACUGGAUCCAAGUGAGCGAAUGAACAAGCAAACAGGAGAGUUGGAACCACAAGAAAAGGAAGAGAAAAGGAGAUUGGGAAGGGGUUGGGGUGGGAAGCGGUUGGGGUGGGAAGCAAAGACGUGAUGCCGGGCUGGACAUUUAUCAUUUCUGUUGCGCAUGAAAUUUUUCAUGAAAUUCAUGAUGUCAUCUGUGGAGGUUCUUUCUGACCUCCGCCAUUCUCUUUUUAUACAAAUUAAAGAUGAUGGACCUGGAACAAUCUGCUUAUUGUUUGCCUUUUGGUGAUGGCCACAAAAACAAGACCCAAAAUGCCAGCGAAUGUGUUGGCAUAAUCCAUUUUAUUUCAAGCGUGAUACAGGAUUCAUCUUUAAAUAUCUGUAAAUAUUUACAUAAGUCACUGCUUCAUGACCACAAGGAAAAACAUAAUGAUGGCUAAAAUACCCUGAUGCAAGUAGAUAAUGGCUUGAUAACACUUGUACAUUAAUGAACUAUAGAAACAGAGAGUUUACAUCCCUAUCUUCUAAAAACCAAUGGCUAUGAGGAAGUGGAGACUCAGGCUCUCAGGUUCCUUAUGUACAUGAAGGGUAAAGUUAAAGGCACUCAUUGGGAGAGGACUGAAAAAGCAAAGAACUGAAGUCUAAGAUUGUUGUUGUGGUGGGGUUCUGUACAAACCAUUAAAUGCUUAAUUACAGUA